AUGUCGGACUCUCGGGCGGCGACGCUUCAUGACAUUGAGGUCGGUCCCCGUGUUAGCUCGGACACCAAGUCAACGAACUCCGUGCUCGCUGCUCGUGAAUACUUGGGACGUGGAACCAGCGAAGAUCCGUAUGUUGUAGACUGGAAAGAGGCCGAUCCGCAAAAUCCGUUCAAUUGGUCGAAGCGACGGAAAUGGAUUAUAACGUCCCAUCUCGCAUUUGCCACUUGGGUUGCAUCUUUCUGCAGCAGCUCCUACAGUGCCGGCCUGACGUAUACCACCACGGACCUGCAUAUCACGAAAGAGAUAGCUAUCCUAGGCGUGUCGCUCUUCGUCCUUGGAUUUAUGGUUGGGUAUGUCGUCUGCGCAUUCUCUACAACAGUUCUCGCCUUGACAAAUUCCUUUUUUCAGCCCUCUCUUCUGGGCCCCCAUGAGUGA